GCCGUGGGUGACGUCACUCACGUAGGCGUGCCUCGGGAAUUCGGUGUAUUUAUAGGCGGCCGCUCGGGCUGAUACCUACUAUUCCCGAGUCAGGGUCACAGAGUAAGCUAAGGAAUCAUGGUGCUGCUUUGGAGUAUUGUUGCAGUUUGCCUAACUGCGGUGUGUGCUGCCCCUUCUAUGGAUCCUGAGCUGGAUAGCCACUGGCAGCUGUGGAAAAGCUGGCAUGCCAAAUCUUAUUCAGGGAAUGCAGAAGGUUGGAGGAGACUAGUAUGGGAAAAGAACCUUAAAAUGAUUGAGAUGCACAACCUCGACCACUCUAUGGGAAAACACUCCUACAGGAUGGGAAUGAACCAGUUUGGAGACAUGACCACAGAAGAGUUCAGACAGUUGAUGAAUGGAUACAAACGCACUCCCUCAAAGGCAGUUGGAGCAACAUUCCUAACUCCCUUAAACUUUGAAGCACCCAAAACAGUCGACUGGCGCAAACAUGGAUAUGUAACACCAGUUAAAGAUCAGGGGCAGUGUGGUUCAUGCUGGGCUUUCAGUGCCACUGGUGCUCUUGAGGGACAGCACUUCAGGAAAACCGGAACCAUGAUUUCUUUGAGUGAACAAAAUCUAGUCGACUGUUCUAGAUCCGAAGGCAAUGAAGGCUGUAAUGGUGGGCUAAUGGAUCAAGCUUUCCAAUACGUAUCUGAUAAUAAUGGUAUCGAUUCUGAGGAAUCAUACCCAUACACUGCUAAGGAUGGCACAGAGUGCAAAUAUGACCCAUCUUUCAACUCUGCAAAUGACACUGGUUUUAUGGAUAUCAAGAAGGGAGAUGAGAAGGCACUCAUGAAGGCUCUUGCUUCAGUAGGCCCAAUUUCUGUUGCAAUUGAUGCAGGACAUUCCUCAUUCCAGUUCUACCAAUCUGGAAUCUAUUAUGAGCCAGAGUGCGAUAGCAGUUCCCUUGAUCAUGGUGUUCUUGCUGUUGGCUAUGGAUCUGAAGGAUCAGAUGAAGAUGGAAAAAAAUACUGGAUUGUGAAGAACAGCUGGAGUGAUAAAUGGGGAAACGCAGGCUACAUUUGGAUUGCAAAGGAUAGAGACAACCACUGUGGAAUUGCUACAGCUGCUAGUUAUCCUCUAGUCUAAUUUGAAGAUCCCUGUCUAGAAUUCAUCAGAUGUGAAUCUUGUUUUAAAGAACUGACUGUUUACUUACUGCUCAAUGACAUGUUAUUGUCACAUGUUGGGUUUUGUGUCCCACAUUCAAGCUGGAUUAUAAUUUGUUUACGUUUAUCAUAAUGAACUUGUUUUGUUUGUAAUUCUUUUGUAAUAUUAAAUAAACUUGUUAAAUCAACUUAUU